UUAAAAGGAUAUUUUUGAAUUCAAUCCAAUAAUAUAAAGAGGGUUACGUUUUCUCAAUCUCUUGCAAUUCUAAGGGGGAUCUGGUGAACAAAUUACUUUCUACCAUUAAUUAGUGUAGAACUUGUAGCCAAAAUAUAAUUCUAUCAAUUAUAUUUGUUCAAAAUAUCAAGCAAUUCAAACAACCAUAUAUGGCCAUAACUAUUCAAAAGUGGCUAUUGAUCAUUCUGUUUUUGCAUAUACACGUUCUCAAUAUUGUAGCGCAGCUGCCUGAUUUACGCUAUGGUUCAUGCGGUGAGAAUGGUAACUAUACUGAGAAUAGUACCUACAAGAACAAUCUAAACACACUCCUCACUUCCCUUCCCUCAAAAAUAGAUAACUAUGGUUUUUACAAGGCUUCCAUUGGCCAAAACAUCGACAGAGCCAGUGUUAUUGUGCUAUGUAGAGGAGAUGUGGAGCUACAAGAAUGUCGCGAUUGUGUCCAUAAUGUUUCUCAAAAGCUAGUACAAGUAUGUCCUAACCAAAAAGAAGCUGCUGGUGGUUAUGAUAAAUGUAUGUUAGUGUACUCGAAUGAAUCCAUUACAGACACUACAACAUUUUCUAAACUCUUUUACUUAAACGAAAUUCAGAAUGCCUCAAAACCCGGUGAAUUUAACAAGGAGCUAGGAAAAUUAUUAGUUAGAUUAAGAGUGGUUGCUGCACAUGGUGAUCCCCGUAGAAAAUAUGCUAGUGGUAAUGCGACAGGUCCUGAUUUUCAGAAUAUAUUUGCACUUGUGCAGUGCACUCCUGAUUUACCUCCUCAGAAUUGCUUCGAUUGCUUAACGAAAGCUUAUGAAGAUAUGAUUAAUUGUCCCUGCAUGGGCAAGAAGGGUGGAAGAAUCAUAGGUGCUAGGUGCAGCUUCCGUUAUGGAACUUCCCCUUUUUUCAGGUUGGAUGUAGUGUCAGUAGCUCCGCCACCUGAAGAGGAAGGGGGUGAUGAUAAAACGGUUCGAACAGUCAUCAUUAUCGUUGGGCCAAUUUUUACAAUUAUUAUUUUUAUUGCUUGUAUUUCUGUCGUCAUGAUGAGUAGGCGAAAUUAAAGAAGAAGAUGGUGGGCGAAAUUCAGAGUAUACAUGGGGAUGAUAUUAGCACUACAGAAUCCUUACAAUAUGAUUUUUCCACGAUUAGAGCAGCGACAGAUAACUUCUCAGAUGCUAAUAUACUGGGACAAGGUGGAUUCGGUCCCGUGUACAGGGUGAUUAAGCUUACAUUCCAUCCCUAGUUGAAACAAGAAUACUGGUUAUUCAAUAUUAUGUUUCAGGGUAAGCUUCAAAAUGGAAAACAAACAGCAGUGAAAAGAUUGUCAGCAGAUUCAGGACAAGGUGAUCUAGAAUUCAAAACGAGGUUUUGUUGGUUGCCAAACUUCAACAUAGGAAUUUGGUCCAUUUGCUGGGACUUUGUCUAGAUAGAACAGAGAGACUUCUUGUCUGUGAAUUUGUUCCCAAUGCAAGUCUUGACCACUUUUUAUUUGGUAUCUACUGCUUAGCUUUUUAUUAAAAGUAUGUGCUUGAGCAUCAAUAAACUAUCAAUCUUCUAACUUAUAUACAGUAAAAACAGUCUAUUUAACACAACACUUAUUUUGUCUGUGUUAUAAGACACCAACUAAUGAAAACAAGAAUAACUAAAAGAAAGAACACACAAUCGAACUUGAGCCCACAAACUUAACUCUGGUGGUUGUCUGCCUUGUGAUUAUCUUGUAAUGAUUUGAUACUGUAAAAAAUCUUCUAUAUGAUCAGUGUAAACAAGUCCAACUCGUAAGUUAUAUUCAUUAUCUUGUCCGCAGAUUCAGUUAAACAUGGGCAAUUGGAUUGAGAAAGACGAUCCACAAUCAUAAGAGGCAUUGCUAGGGGAAUUAUUUACCUUCAUGAGGAUUCUAGACUUCGAAUCAUUCAUCGUGAUCUUAAAGAUAGUAAUGUUAUGAGAAAAUGUAUCCUAAAAUUUCCGACUUUGGCAUGGCAAGGCUAUUUAAGUUGGCUGAAACUCAAGGCAACACAAGCAGAAUUGUGGGGACCUAGUAAGUUGACUGUUAUUUCUUCAUGAAUAGUUAACUCAAUUUUGUUGAACCAGAACUUUGAUUACCCCAAAAUCAUUAUUAUUUGAGGUUUUUAGACGGGUCGAGAUAUGGGUUUAAGAUGGAGAAUGGGUCGUUUUUAAAAUUUUGGGUUAAUUUGAGUCAAUUUGGGUAUAAAUGAUGAAACUAGUAAAGGCAGAGUUUAAAAAUAACUUUAUUUUAAGAGCAAAGACAUAAUUAACUAAUAAACUAAACUUAAGGGAUAUAUUUGAUCCUUUUCCCUUAUAUACAUGGCAAGUGAGAUUAUGAGAGGGAGGAGA